UUUUUUUUUUUCCUCUUUUUCUUUUUUUUUUUUUCUUUUAUUAGUACUUAUCAUCAUGAGAGAAAUUAUUCAUGUUCAAGCAGGUCAAUGUGGAAACCAGAUCGGUCAAAGAUUUUGGGAAACCAUUUCUCAAGAACAUGGUAUCAAUACUAAAGGAUCUUAUGAUGGAGAUAAUGACUUACAAUUAGAAAGAAUCAAUGUAUAUUAUAAUGAAGGCUCCACUGGAAAAUAUGUUCCAAGAUCUAUUCUUGUUGAUUUGGAACCUGCUGUAUUGGAUACUAUUCGGAGUAGUGAAUAUGGUGGUCUUUUCCGUCCUGACAACUAUGUAUCUGGUCAGUCAGGUGCUGGUAACUCUUGGGCAAGGGGAUAUUAUACUGAAGGUGCGGAACUGGUAGAAACAGUCUUGGAUGUCAUUAGAAAAGAAGCCGAACAUGCCGAUUGUUUACAAGGAUUCCAAAUGUCGCAUUCUCUUGGUGGUGGUACAGGCUCUGGACUGGGAUCUCUCUUGUUAUCCAAAAUUCGUGAAGAAUACCCUGAUCGUAUGUUGUGUUCCUAUUCCGUGGUACCAUCUCCAAAAGUUUCUGACACUGUAGUGGAACCUUACAAUGCUGUUCUGACUGUUCAUCAAUUGGUUGAACAUUGUGAUGCCACCUUUUGUAUUGACAAUGAAGCUCUCUAUGAUAUAUGUUUCAGAACUUUAAAACUUACUAAUCCUGGUUAUGGUGAUUUGAAUCAAUUGGUCUCUGCUGUCAUGUCUGGUGUCUCUACCUCUUUACGUUUCCCUGGUCAAUUGAAUGCAGAUCUACGAAAACUUUUUGUUAAUAUGGUACCAUUCCCACGUCUUCAUUUCUUUAUGGUUGGUUUUGCUCCGUUAACAUCUCUGAUUUCUCAACAGUACCGUAAUCUUAGUGUUCCUGAAUUGACUGCUCAAAUGUUUGAUGCCAAGAAUAUGAUGGCUGCUUCUGACCCUAGACAUGGACGUUAUCUCACAGUGGCAACCAUUUUCCGUGGACGUGUUUCAACAAAAGAAGUGGAAAAUCAAAUGCUGGCUGUGCAACAAAAGAAUUCUGCCUAUUUUGUCGAAUGGAUUCCCAGUAGCGUCAAGACCUCACUUUGUGAUAUUCCUCCUGUUGGUUUGAAGAUGAGUGGUACCUUUAUUGGAAAUAGUACUGCUAUUCAAGAUUUGUUUAAACGUGUCAAUGAUCAAUUCACCGUCAUGUUCAAACGCAAGGCUUUCAUGCAUUGGUACACUGGUGAAGGCAUGGAUGAAAUGGAAUUUACUGAAAGUGAAAGCAAUAUGAACGAUCUUGUUACGGAAUAUCAACAAUAUCAAGAUGCAGCUGCCGACGAAGACUAUGAUGAUUUGGAAGAUAACGAAAUUGCUUUAGAACCUGAAGAUGAAGCCUCUUAUGAAGAAUGAAUAGAAUAAUAGUUAGUACUUGAUUCCCUUUUUCUUUUUUUAGUUGAUUCCCCUUUUUUUUUUCUUUUUUGAUUCUUUGACAUUUGAUUGUUGUUUUGAUAGUACUACUUCUUUUUUUGGAAAAUAAAGAUCAUUUAACUUUUUACCCAUUUGAUACUCUUUAAUAUUUUGAAAUGUCAUUGGUGUAUGUUAAAAAUGCGCUGAUCAUCACUUUGAUCCAAAGACCUUC